UUCCCGGCCCCUCCAAAUCCAAUUGAUAGAUAGUUUAUAUACUAGGGCUAUGUAUCAUCAACAUCCUAAGCGCAUGAAGGAAGGAUAAUGAUGGCUUGCAGCCCAGUUUGUGUAGGCCUUCCCAGCAGCAACUGCAAGAUCUCGCCAUGCCCAGAAGAGUCUUCUUCCCGCUGCCGCUGCUGCUUCUCGACAAUGACCCGUCUCAAGCAGUACCAUUCCCAAAUUAUCCGACUGGGCCUCUCCUCCGACAACUACGCCAUGGGCCGGGUUAUCAAGUUCUGUGCUUUAUCCGACUCUGGCGAUUUAAUGUAUGCCCUCCAAGUGUUCGAUGUAAUGCCCCACCCGGAUGCCUUUAUCUACAAUGUCCUCAUUAGAGCUCAUAUGCAACGUACGUUAGCCAGAGAUUGCAUUCUGUUGUACUCCCAGAUGCUGAGUGAAUCUGUUACGCCCAACAGAUUCACCUUCCCUUCUCUUAUAAAAGCUUGUUGCACUGUUGAAGAGGGGAGACAAGUCCACGCCCAUGUUUUAAAAUUUGGCUCCAUUUCAGAUGCAUAUUCCAUGAAUUCUUUGAUUCAUAUGUAUGUUAAUUGUGAACGCUUGGUGGAAGCAAGGCGGGUAUUUGACAAGAUGCCUCACCGGAACGUUGUAUCCUGGACCACUUUGAUUAGUGGGUAUUCCCAGUGGGGAUGUGUUGAUGAAGCGUUUGAACUUUUUGAGUUGAUGCACGAAAGGAAUUCGGCUUCUUGGAAUGCGAUGAUGGCGGCUUUUGUCCAGAACAACUGCUUUCAGGAGGCAUUUGCUUUGUUCCGCAGGAUGCAAUCAGAGAACCUGCUGCUGGAUAAAUACGUUGCAGCCACUAUGUUAUCAGCUUGUAAAGGUUCGGGAGCUCUAAAACAAGGGGAGUGGAUACAUGGAUAUAUGCAGAAGAGUGGCAUUGAAAUGGACCCGAAACUUGUUACUGCAAUCAUUGAUAUGUACUGCAAAUGUGGUUGCUUGGACAAGGCUUUUGAAGUCUUCAACGGAUUGCCCCACAAAGCGAUUUCUUCUUGGAAUGCCAUGAUCGGGGGGCUGGCACUGCAUGGGAAAGGAAUGGCUGCUGUUGAGCUUCUGAAUGAGAUGGAGAGACGGGGAAUAUCUCCUGAUUACAUAACUUUCGUAAAUUUGCUUAACGCGUGUGCUCAUUCGGGGUUGGUGGAAGAAGGGCGCCAUUACUUUCGUUACAUGACAGAGGUUCACGCUAUUGCGCCCGGAUCAGAGCAUUAUGGAUGCAUGGUAGAUUUGCUCGGAAGAGCUGGAUUGUUGGAGGAAGCCAAAGAGCUCAUCAAUGAGAUGCCAACAAGUCCCGAUGCAAGUGUCCUGGGUGCUCUCCUUGGCGCUUGUCGAAUCCAUGGGAACGUGGAGCUUGGAGAGGAAAUAGGGAAGAGAGUAAUUCAAUUGGACCCUUUUAACAGUGGGCGAUAUGUGCUACUAGCCAACAUGUAUGCCAGUGCCGGUAGAUGGGCAGAGGUUGGCCGCGUGAGGAAGGUCAUGAACGAUAGGGGAGUGAACAAACCCGCGGGCUUUUCCAUGAUCGAAUUGGAUGGCGUUGUGAAUGAGUUUGUUGCGGGAGGAAGGGAUCAUCCGCUAGCUGAAGAGAUAUAUGCCAAAGUGGAGGAGAUGCUGGACGGUGUUAGAACUGCCGGCUAUGUGGCCGACACAAAUGGGGUCCUGCUGCAUGAUGUUGAGGAGGAAGAAAGGGAAAAUCCCUUCCAUUAUCAUAGUGAGAAACUUGCUAUUGCUCUUGGCUUGUUGAAGACGAAAUCUGGUGAAACUCUUCGAAUCACAAAGAACUUGAGAAUCUGCAAGGACUGUCACACUGUGAGUAAGCUUGUCUCUCAAGUUUUUGAUCGGGAAAUAAUUAUAAGGGAUAGGAAUCGAUUCCACCAUUUCAAAGGGGGAGACUGUUCUUGCAAUGGAUACUGGUAGUAAUCAAUGUUGUGAAUUGCAUAGUUAUUUGAAUUGUGAAUCCAUGUAAUCAUUUUGGCAAGUACAUAUAUAAUGAGUAUACAUGCAUUGUUUACGGAAAUUCCUAUGGACCAGCCAUUAAAAAGUUGUCAACCGGCUGUCAUUUUUUAAUUUUGUUUUAUUAAUAAAAAACGAAAAACCGUGGCCAGCCGAUGAGAACCUGCUGUCAAGCUCCUAGGGUUUACUUGGGGCUUAGAAUGGGAUUAUGUUAAAAAUGGGAAUGAGAGUAGAAAGGGAGAAGAAAUAAAAAAAAA